CUCUGUGCUCGAGCAAUGACUGCUCUGUGUGUGUCUAGGUUUGGGUGUGGCCAUCCAUCCAUCAGUGGGCGGGCAAGUCAUCACCUGGCUGUCCGUACGUUCGUCACACAUGAGCCUGUCCGUCUGUCUGGCCAACUAUGUACACAUCUACAAGUGGUCGCUCCAACCGAACACUCGCGCCAAGCCCACAACUGAAGUGCUCACAAGACCCCCUCCCCAGCAGAUCUACCCGCCUCACUCCAGCUUCAUCUUCAGUCUGCGCGUGACAGCGAUGACGGGCCCCUCAUACUUGACGGGCUGCACCGGCUCCUUCUCAAGGGGCGCUGGAGGGACAUUCACCUGUUGUCAAAACAAACACACACACACACACAGACAGACAGAGAGCGAUGGUUCCACGCAGUCCCGUGCAGUCAGUGUACAUGCUCAUCGACUGACCUCUUCUCCCGGUUUGAGCAGCCCGACACUCAUGGGCGACAUGUGCCCCACAAAGGCGUCGUUCCAAUCCCGUGUUCUCUCCUCCGUCCACGGCUUGGCCUUCUUGUCAAACAGAGUCGGGUUCUUUAUCUCGUCCAUGACAAUCCAGCUGACGCCGAAGAAGAUGCCCGUCGCCCACACGCACACCCUCCACUGCGGGCUGCCCUGCAGCGGCGCGUACCGCUUGAAGUUCCGCCACCACUUCUUGAACGACCCAAGAGGUGAGCCUACCGCUACGGACUCUGGCGGAGGAAGCUUGGGUGGUGGCUGGUGAAGGUUAAACGGAUCCAGACUCAUCUUCGGCGGUU